AUGCCCGAGGCCAGCAGCCCCGGCCAGGACCUCACGCGAUGGAAGCAGCAGCCGCCGGGGCGCCGCACGGUCAGCCAGAUCUGCCCGCCCCCUCGGCGGCCCUUGACCGUGGCCGACAUCCGGCCCGGCAUGGAGAACGACAGGCUGGGGGUCGUGCGGGACUCCAUGUUCCAGAACCCGCUCAUCGUCAAGGCAGAGCUUGGCAAGCCCCGGGAAAGAAGCUGCAGUCUGCCCGGCGUUCAUUUUAACUAUGGACUCUACGUCCGGGGGCUGGAUGGAGGGGUCCCCGAAGCCAUCGGACACUGGAACGUGUAUAAGCAGCAGCCCACCCAAUCCAACGAGCUCACCCGGAAUUACAUUGCCAUGAACCGCGGGGCGGUGAAAGCUGGCCUGGUGACUGCCCGGGAGAAUUUCCUCUACCGUCAGCUCAACAACAUCUGUGUCCGUGACCAGGAUGACCGACGCCUGAAGAAGGAACCACCCUCUGUCCCCCCAAACAUGACAUUUGGGAUUCCAGCACGGCCUUCGACACCCUUCUUUGACCUGCUGCAGCACCAGUACCAGAAGAUGUGGGUGCAGGAACAAAAGGCCGCCCAGAAAGCCAUUAAGAUGGAGAAAAAACACAAGGUGAUCCUUGGGAAGCUGUAUGAGACCCGGAGCAGUCAGCUGAGGAAGUACAACCCACCCGUGAAGCUGGACGCCCUCUGGCAUAUGCCUCACUUCCGGAAGGUGGGCCCCCAUCUGCAUACGUUCCCCACCGAGGCGGAUCGCCAGAGAGCGUUCAAAGCCCACCGGGAAGAGUAUGCUGUGCGCCAGGGGACCCUCCGGAUGGGCAACUACACCCACCCCUAG